GUGGCGAGCCCAGACGGCAGCGGCCGCCCGAGGAGCACCAUGGUUCCUGGCUCGCUAUGCCCGCUGCUGCGGCUCUUCGUGCUGGGUCUCGGGCUGGUGCUGCUGGGCGCCGCGGCCGGGGAGAGAGUGCCAGGAACCACCCCCUGCUCUCGCGGCAGCUCCUGGAGCGCGGACCUAGACAAGUGCAUGGACUGCGCGUCGUGCCCCACGCGACCGAACAGCGACUUCUGCCUGGGCUGCGCUGCGGCCCCUCCGGCCUCUUUCAGGCUGCUGUGGCCCAUCUUGGGGGGUGCCCUGAGCCUGGCGCUGGUGCUGGCACUGCUUUCUGGCUUCUUGGUCUGGAGACGGUGCCGCAGGAGAGAGAAGUUUACCACCCCCAUCGAGGAGACAGGCGGGGAGGGCUGUCCUGGCGUGGCGCUGAUCCAGUGACAGUGAGCACCCCCUGCCAAGAGGAGGCCGCGCCCACUCAUCAUCCAUUCAUUCAUUCUGGAGCCAGCCCCUGCUUCCCAGACACAGCCAGAACCAGGCCACUCCAACAACAGGAGUGGAGGGAUUGGGGGACGGGUGAAUCACCUCUCUGAGGCCUGGGCCCAGGCUUCAGAGGAGACUUCCAAGGUGUCUGACUGCCUUGUCUCUGGCUCCAGAAUAGAAAAGGAGACCCUGACUCACGCCAGACAGCUGACACUAAGGAACUGCAGCAUUUGCACAAGGGUCCCCUACACCCACUAUGGCCUGGGGGCCAGGCUGACCUGAGGGACAGACACAAUACCAGGCCCCACCCACUCAGAUGUACUGAAAUUCCAGCACGGGGGUCUCAGCCUGGGGGGGUUAGGGACCUGUUCCUAACACUAGGGGGCUGGCCCUCUAGUGGGGCUGGUCCUUAAGACACUGCUCCUCCAACCCCCAAAGGAGGGGAGAUAUUUAUUGUGGGGAGAAAGUUUUUUUGGGGGAUUUAUUAAUAAAAGAAUCUUUAACUUUAAA